AUGCUUGGUUGUCAUGUGAGCAAAUUUCCCCCCUCCCUCUCUCUCUCUCUCUCUCUCUCUCUCUCGUGCGCCCUGCGGCCCCCCCCCCAGCCCCAGCCCGCCACCAUCAAUCCAAAACACCGUCUGAUCCACAACCUUGCAGCCCCAAGUCUCCGAUUAACCACGGCCCUGUCCCACGUCUGCAUUCACCCGCACCCAGGGCAAUCACCGUCCGUCCUUCCCCAAGUCGGGCGACAAGAAAUCCGCAUCCGCAUCCGCCCGGCCUCAACAUGGCAUGCAUGCAAGCGCGAUUAUGUGGUUGUUGAACGUCCUUCCAUUCAUUCUCUUGCUCCUUGGCCAAGUCUUCCAUCAGGGGUGGUGGCUCAGCAGCAAUGUGGAGUAGCCAAGGCCAAGAGAAGGUAA